AUGGUUAAACAACAACAUGUGAGGCAUGAACAUAAUUCAACCGUUUACAAAGAAACAACAGAACCAAAGAAACGAGAUAAAAGUGAUUUGGGACCAAAUUUCAUAGCACCCGAUGGAGGAUGGGGUUGGGUAGUAUGCAUUGCGGCGGGCCUGAGUAAUCUGUCUUUAUUCCCCGCUUUAAUGCAAUACGCUCUCGUCUAUAGGGAACGAAUGAUCAAAUUGAAUUUCGAUGCGAAACAAAUUGCCACAAUUAUCAAUGCCAUGUUGGCUAUUUCUUCUCUGGUAGGUCUGGUGAAUGGUGCCAUGUUUAGGAGAUUCUCAUUCCGACAAGUGGCGAUAGUUGGAAGUUGUAUGGUGUUUGCUGGUGUCCUCCUGACGGUCGUCUGUGAGAGCUUUCUUCAAUAUAUUAUCUGUUAUUCAACCAUUUAUGGUAUUGGAUUGGGUCUUACAAUGUCAGCAAAUGCUUUGGCGGUAAAUGUCUACUUUGAAAAUAAACGAAGAAAAGCCACUGGCUUUUCAUGGACCCUUACUGGCUUAGGUCCCAUUAUAUUUCCACAUAUUUCCAUAUUUCUACUGACCUAUUAUGGUUCUCAGGGUACAAUAUUGGUUUAUGCUGGUAUAUCAUUGCACACACUUCUCAGCUCUUUAACUUUGCAACCAGUUCAGUGGCACACGACUAAACAGACCGCUGGUGGCAAUAAACCAAAUGACACAUUUGAAUGUGAGUAUUGCCAAUAUCAAAGGAAACGGAAACGUAGUAGUAUUUUUUCCGGAGGAUAUCCAUCGAAUGACGAGAAUAAUCUCACAACACACGGAUAUGAGAUAAUUGAAACGGGCACUCCGAUUAGAGCUGGUGCCAAUGAUGGUUGGUUUGGUUCUAAAAUGUCAUUGACUGCAGCGUCGUCUUCCCAGCACAGAUCGAUGAAACUUUUAAAACAAAUUUCCAAGCAAGACAGCAUAGAGAACGGCGAUGGAUGCAACGAGAAUGAACCACAACAGAAUUCUCUCUACGAACCAAAUAGUUUUCAUCGUGGAAGAAAAAUUUCCACGAUAUCCAUGGCAUGUACAACCCACUGUACGUGUGCCGAAGAAAAGCGACUAUUGCUGAAUGUCGGGGACACAAUGAAACAAGAAGAGCCAGCGAAAGUGCAAUUUUUACUGCAGGACGAAGAUGAACAACUGAAGAGAACUCAAAUGUCUUGUUUACAAAAAGUUGCGGUGUUCUUCGAUUUGGAUUUGCUAAAGGAUUUGACAUUCAUUAACUUGGUUGUGGGCAUGACAAUUAUGAUGUUUGGCGAAGUAAAUUUCUCUGUAUUGACACCGUUCAUCCUAAAUAGUUUUGGCUAUAACGACUCUCAAAUUUCCAUUGCUAUGUCUUUACUUGCCGGUGUUGAUAUAGCUGUACGCUUUCUGGCCCCCUUUGCAUUGGAGCGGGUUAAAAUUACCAACAGUAUGUCCUUUGCCAUUGGAAUUCUUGCCAUUACCGUUGGAAGAAUGGCGGUGACAUUGACCAAUUCCUAUUACCUUGUGUUGGCAGUAUUUAUACUGAUCGGAUUUGGAAAGGGGUUGCGUAUGAUUUUUGCUCAACUUCUCAUUCCCAGCUACGUUCCGCUCAAUAGAUUGGCUGCUGCGUCUGGUUUACAAUUGAUAUUCAAUUCGAUUGUUUCAUUUACUGUGGGACCAUUGUUGGAAAAUCAAGAUAUGUAUCAGAACAUCAAUGGUAUUGUUUUGGCAAGUACGGUACUCCAAGAAACAGGAGAUUCCCAAGCAGUUAGCAUUUAA